UGCAUUCACUAAAUCAAACGAGGCUGGGCGCUGCAGGGUGAGCUCUGAGGAGCUGCAAAUUGGUUUGCUCAGCCACACGACCUUCUUUUUCCUGAGUACACUGAGAUCCCUAAAGCAACUGAGGCUGUUAGCACAUCGUGUGGUGAGCUGAAAGGCAGAAAAAGAUCCUGAUUCGUGGCCUUGAUCUGCAGCUUCUCAGAGGUGACCUCCAUUAGCUUUGAUUAAGGAGCUAGGAGUGCAAGCAGAGGAGUCCAUCCUUCCUGCCAAGCUGCGUAAGCCCACGUCUCCUCACCAGCAACUGCACUAGAUUUGCCAAGCCUGAAUUUGUCAUUGCCAUCUGAGCCCUGGAAGAACUCAGCAGAUCCUCAAGGUGCUCAGCAUUACCAUGUCUGGUGGUGGCAGGUGAAGUGAGGAACGAGACCUUCUAGCAAGUGUCUCUCUGGGGUGGAAGAAGUGCUCGUGGGCAGAAACUGAUUAGCAGCACAGAGGAGCCCAGCAGAGCUGCCUGCAGCCUUGGACAGCACACUCAUGGUCUCAAGGAGUGGGCUUCAGCAUGCAGCCAUCACCUCCUAUGCAUACAAACUCCAGUGUCUCAAAAGCCAGGUGAGGCAAAUCUCCAGGGAGAGGGACAAGGCCAGACUGGACUUAGAGAAAGCAGAGAGACACUGCCUGCAGCUCAGCAGGGAGUUGGACAAGCAAUACAUCGCCCUCAAGCAUAGCCAGAGCAAGCUCAAGGAUGUUCGGGCUGAAGUGGAGGCAAAAGAGCUGCUUUUGCAGCAAGCCAUCAACCAUCAAGUGAAGCUGGAGGCUGAUGCACAGUUCCUCCAGGGCAAAGAGGCCACCCUUCAUGGGAGACUGAACCUCAUGAUGAAGGAGAACACACAGCUGCAAAACAAAGUCAUGGAGAUGGGUGAGAAACUGACCGCCUCUGAGACGCUGGUGUUGGAGCUUCAGAAAGAGCUCAACCUCGUUGUGAAGGACAAGCUGGACCAGGAGGAGCCCCGCAACCCAGAGCUCCUGAACCAUGGCAAAUACUUUGCAGAGAUUGUGCUGGAAUACGAGCGGCAAUGCCAGAGAGUCAAGGUGCUGUGGGACCAGAAUGACGUGCUGCAAAGAGAGCUGGAAGAGCUGCGUCUUCAGCUGCAGGAGAAGAGGGCUGAGAGAGGGCUGCUGGCUGGAGAGACGUCAAUCACGACGCAGCAGCUCCAAGAACAGCUGCAGGACCUGAAGAUGCAGCUGGAAUCCAAGGUAAACUAUUAUGAGGAGGAAAUGGAGCUAAUGAGGAAAAACUUUGAAAGAGAAAAGGACAGCAAGGAGAACGUCAAGGCUGAGAUGAGCAAGGUGGAAGACCAGGAAGAAGACCUGAGAGAAACAGUUUCAAAGUACCAGGUUGUACCUGAUGUCAUGAAAGAGCGAAAAGGUGUGCAGAGCCUGGAGCUGGAGGAGAGGUUUGAGAUGGAGCCAGCCAGGGUUGAACUUCAGCACACUGAGGACAUAGGGCAUCCAAGGCAGCAGCUGAACCAGGAAGGAGAAGAGCUGAGAACGCAGUGCAGGAACAGAGGAAGCCUCAGGGGAGAGCAGGGCUGGCUUCUGGAGGAGAACAGCUUGCUGAAAAGUCAAACUGGGAGACUCCAGGAAGAACUGAGGGAGGCUAAGGAGGAGUGCAGACAUGACGAGAAACACACGAGCAAGUUGAGCAGAGAGAAGGUAGAAAAACUGGCUGUAGCAGUAAAGUUGAAGAAGUCGAGUGGAAAGAGCAAUGUGGAUAUCUCCCAGACAAACAUCAAGGUGAGUAAGCUGAGCCAUAAGAUCCUGGAGCAUGAAGUCGGCUGCAGCGCCAGCACUGGGUCCACCCAGCUGCAGAACCAGAGGUUCAUGGAAGUCAAGCAACUACAAGGAGUGGAGAUGGCCAUGAGGCCGGAGCACUGCCAGCAGCAUGCAGCGUGUCGGUCAGAGAUGGAGCUGCUCUGGCAGCAGCUCGAGGCAUCGCAAGAGGAACUCUUUGAAGCCAAAGCAAGGUUGAGUCUGGCUCAGACUCAGCAUGCACUGCAGCUGCAGCAGGCCAAGGCACAGCUGAACAAUGUGGUGCCAAGGAAACAGUUUGAACAGCUGCAAGCCAGCUUGAAAGAGGAACAGUGCAAGGUUCAGCAGCUCCAGGCAAACCUCCAGCAGCAGGCUGAGCAGGCAUGCAGACAGCUGGUCAGGACCCAGAAAGAACAUGAGCGCCUGUUGCAGGCAGCUGUGGAGCAGGCAGAGGGGUUGCAGUGUGACCUAAGGAGUGCUGAAGCUGCGCUUGCAGAUGGGGCAGCUCGCCUCAAGGAUGCACAGGCUCAACUGUGCAGGAACAAACUGCUGAUUAAAGAUCUCCGUGAAGAAAACAGAGGGUUUGCAAUGGCCGUGCAGGCAGCUGAACUGAAGCAGAUGAACGCUGAGAGGAAGAACCACAUGCUGGAGGAGCAGGCCUUGGCCUUGAAGAAGCUUGUUGAAAAAAUCACACCAGCAUCUCUGAGUGCAUGAUGGAGCACUGCUAUGGCAGCCUUGCUCCUGAGCCUGAG